UGAUCCUUCGGACUGGUGCCCUCUAGGUGCUGCAUUCCGCAGCUUCCUGCCCCGCUAUUCUCAACUGCGUCUUUCUUCAGGACCUCCAGGAUCCCUCAGCCACCACAUACCUAGGAAUUCAGCUCUUCUGCUCUCGCCUGGACCGCUGGGAGGAGGAAGCCCUACCCCUGCCUCCUCCCUCCUCACCUCUAGGUUGCUUAUGAUGGAGAAGGACCAACAGGCAGAUCAGCAGUAUGAGUGUGUGGCUGAAAUUGGGGAAGGGGCAUAUGGCAAGGUGUACAAGGCCCGUGACCUAAAGAAUGGAGGACGCUUUGUGGCCCUGAAACGGGUGAGAGUGCAGACUGGGGAGGAGGGAAUGCCGCUGUCCACCAUCCGGGAGGUGGCUGUGCUGCGACAUCUGGAGACCUUUGAGCAUCCAAAUGUGGUCAGGUUGUUUGAUGUGUGCACCGUUUCACGGACGGACAGAGAGACAAAGCUGACAUUGGUGUUUGAACAUGUUGACCAAGAUCUGACCUCUUACUUAGAUAAAGUGCCUGAACCAGGAGUGCCUACCGAGACCAUAAAGGACAUGAUGCACCAGCUCCUCCAGGGAUUGGACUUUCUCCAUUCACACAGAGUGGUUCACCGGGACCUGAAACCUCAGAACAUUUUGGUCACCAGCAACGGACAGAUAAAGUUAGCAGACUUUGGCCUUGCACGGAUCUACAGUUUUCAAAUGGCACUUACAUCUGUGGUGGUCACGUUGUGGUACAGAGCACCGGAGGUUCUGCUGCAGUCCAGUUACGCCACGCCGGUGGAUCUCUGGAGCGUCGGCUGUAUAUUUGCAGAAAUGUUCCGCCGAAAGCCCCUGUUUUGUGGAAGCUCAGAUGUGGAUCAGCUAGAAAAAAUAUUUGAUGUCAUUGGUCUCCCGGAUGAAGAGGAGUGGCCUAGUGAGGUAGCCAUCCCGCAGAGCGCUUUCCAUUUCCGGCACCCGCAGCUCAUAGAAGACGCCGUUCCAGACAUCGAUGAAAUAGGCAAAGAUUUACUUCUUAAAUGUCUGAUAUUCAGCCCUGCAAAUCGGGUGACGGCAUUCAGCGCCCUGUCCCAUUCUUUCUUUGACGAUUUACUGACCCACAAAGACAGUUCAGAACGUCACAGGUCCAAUGGGCAGAAGUCUGGGGGGGACAGUACGUCUGAAAUGGGGAGCGCCUGAGCCGAGGAAGGUUGAAAGUAUACUUGGCCAAGUUGCCAUGAGGUUCCGAGCGUCACACAGCUUAUCCUGGGCACCUGACCUGCAGUCUCCCUUGCGUAUCUGCAAACAAACCAAUCAAUGCAAGCUGUGUGCAGUUUUUAUUUUUUUGUUCUUUUUUACUAUUUUUUUUUUCAGUCUGGGUUGCCACAAGUUUAAAGCAAAGCUGCUGAUCAAUUUUGCUGCCUUUUUUUUUAAAAUUUAACUUUAAAAACACCGGUAGGAUACAGACUGAUCCGGCCUCCAACACAGGAUGGACCCUCCCUACAGCUGCUGAUGAAAUGACUCCUUUUUU